AUGGAUUGUUUGCAUGGAUUACCAGCGUCCACGGUUUCGGCAAAAAAUGGAAAAUUUUGGCUUUGCAACAAAAAUAACCCCAAGAGAUGUGAAUUUUUCUGCCCUGAUCAAGAUCGCUCGUUGCACGAAACGGCUAUGACAAUGUGGAGAGCGAAUGGACCAAUUCAUCUGGUGUGUGAUACUCACCAAAGACUAGCAAGAGUGAAAGUCGUCAAAGACGUUAGUAAACUGAAAUUUGAAAGGCCGUUUUUUGUUUCUUGCGACCGCGAUAACCCAUGUAAUUUCUGGCAGUGGGAUGACAGACACGAGUUGCCAAAACCGAAGUGCGGACACGGAUUGAAUGCUUGCGUACGGAAAGUCAAAGAGGAAGGGGAAAACGAUCGAGAAAAGUCGUGCGUUUUUUUUUUAAUGGAAACUCCAGCUGGAACACUCGUUCAGACAACUGCAUUUUCCUCACGUUGA